UAUUUGGGGACGUUCUGACCGUGGCCACCUCCUGCAAGUGCACCGCAACAUGAGAUACGAGCACUACAUGAAAGACCUAUAUUAUCCGCAGGAUGAGUUGGAGAUCAAGCGUCUUAUUCGGCUAUGGGCACUCCUACGAAGGGAAUCACAGAUCAAUAAUGGAAACGCAGUGGACGUCUUCCCCUUACCGCAAAAAUGCCCAAAAAUCUGGGACGAACAAGUCUACACAGCAGAGCAACAAGCGUUGUCUGACUCAGAUGAUGAUGAAGAGCAGCCUAUACCUAUUGUUAAACUGCGGUUGCCCUGGUUGAAGGAUAGGGUCAACCAGGUCAGAAGUACGGAAAAACAGAUAACUCAUAUUCGACGUCGACUACAGAGAGGAUUUAGAUUCGACGGCGAACGAUUACAUCCUCCCGAAGAACAUGAGAUCUCCAUCAUGUCGAGUUACUUGAGGCUACUGGAGCAGUACCCCCGUCUAGAAAUGGAGAUCGUUAGGAAGACCAGGAUUGACAAUGCGCUGAAGCACAUAGACCGAUUGGAUACUUUCCCGAGGAACGAGAUGUUUCAGCUCAAGCAGCAAGCAAGAGACCUCCUCAUCGGGUGGGGCGUCAACCCUUCUUCAUCUCCCAGUACUCCUGAUGGCGAACAGGACAUAUCAUCCACGUCUUGCCUUGCGAACGAGCGUAAACGUACAGCCGUGGAAGAGAGUACGUUAUCAAGGAAAAUACGAAAAAUUUCUGGUAUAUCAUCGACGGAUGAAAGCUCUAACGACAAUGGUCAAUAUCACUCCACAUAUCCAGUCGCAACGAGCAGCGUCCAUCAACGUCCGCCAUACCGAGCUCCAAUCGCACCCAUGCUUCCAACGACAUCGAGUCAACCCACUACGCGACUUGCUCAGCCUCACCAGCUACGAAAGGGUCUACAAUCUAUCGAUGGUGUGCUUGGAACUCCCACGGAAAUGCACUACGGUGCAACAUCACCUGUACUUGGUGUCGAAGCUCAACAGACCUUGGCUGGGACAGACAAUAUAUCGAGCACAGCACAACGAGCAGGGCCAACACCGACAAACCGUCCCGUCUUUUGCACUUCGCCUAUUCUGCUACAAACUUCCUCCACCAGCGACGGCGAAUCGUCAACUAGUACCAGCAGUAACUCAGUGUCAAAACCGGCCACCUCUAGCCCUGUCGAGCUUCUGGGUACUGGGAUAGAAGUUGAUAUGUCUCCGCCAACCAGUGCUCCGAAUUCGCCAUUACCCGAGAGACAAGGCUCAGGAGAUACUAUUGGUAUACGACCAAUCUCUGCAACGUUCUUCGACGAGAGGACAGGAAUGCUUCGUGGGAAAGAAAAUACCGCAAAGGGUAAAGCAUCAAGAUCACCGUCAGCUCUAUGCGUCUCCCAAGAGCGUCAGAGCUCAUCACCUGAAGGGUCUCUUGUGAUCGACACCCCGACAAAUACUCGACGUGGACCAACUCCGAGAGAGAGAAGUCCUGCAACAAUAAGCCUGCUAUGCGAGAACAAGAGCAAAAGGGCAAAGCCGCGUUCUUUGGGGGCGAGCAGUCUUGCUAGUCAAAGAAAUUGGAUGCAAAAGAACAAGGACACAGUAGCAAAGCCAUAUUCCCCGGUACCGUCUCGCGGCGGAGUGCUACUCCCUCUUUCAGGCCGAGCGACCGAGUCUACUUCGGUCUCUAGAGACGCAUCUCUCCCCCGCGAAAGGGCUUCGACCUCUACUCAGUCAUCAACUAGGCAAUCUUCGAUCAAUGUUGCUCCGACAGGCAGUCGACAUUGCUUGUCUCGUCUUGAAGACGCUUCGGCGAUCGGCCGGUCAUCUCUUGAACGAUCUCGUGCGAACAAUACUCCGACAAGCCCUCGAGGUGAUCGACCUUCUCCCAGAGAGGCUUCGCCAGCCGUUCGAUCAUCGACUGAACAUUCUCCAAUCGACCAUGCUUCGACUGACAUUCAACGUGCGCAUCUUAUUAAAGAAGCCCCAACUGUCAGCCAGCCAUCAGCUCUCCACACGGGCACCAGCGUAAGCAGUUCCAUCCCAAUUCAACUUAACGCUUCAUCUACGUCUGGAGCUAGCGAUGCUCAUCAGGAAGGCGGGAGCACACAAGCCGAAAGCAGUACUGGACAAACAUCGGAGCCUAUCCAAGACAAACGCACCCGCCAGGAAGACGGAAAUGUACAAGCUGUAGGCAAUGUUAGUCAGACAUCGGAGCGUACCCGAGACGACAGCAGCAGCGCUCACCAGAGACACGGAAGUGCGCAGGCUGAAAUGAAUGCUAGUCAGACGUCGGGUCCUCCUGAGAAUGACAGCAACAACACUCCUCGGAGAGGCGGAGGCAUCCAACCUGAAGGGAGCGCUGGGUCGACAUCGAAGUCCAUCCAAAACAACCGUACCUACCAGGGAGAUGGAAAUGCACAGGCUAGAGACAACGCUCGACAAGAACGAAAGCUUAUCCAAGCCGACGACGCCUUGAACGAUGCACUUUUCGGACUUGACGACUCGGAUGACAUGGAUGACGAGGACGACGAGAACGAGGAAGACGAGAACAAGCUGAGACGUAGCUUCGGGAUGUUGAUCGAACCCGAGUUCAUCAGGAUAGAAGAACUCGUUGAGCGACAACUACUAUACCAAGACCGUGCAGAGCUCCAGGACGAUUGUCGAAGGCAGGUCCGACUCGACAAACUGCUGGAGAAGUUCUGGAACCUGGCUGCAAAGUCGAGGGGCGAGCUCCAGAGCUCGUUGAUUGAUCGUCAGACGCGCGCUUUGAAGUAUUUCAUUUCGAUGAGGACGAUGGAGCGUGCGGUGUCGAUUGCCGACACUGGAAAUACUGCUUCUGUGAAGGACUUUGAGGGUCGGAAACGCGCCGCACAGAUUAACUGUGCUCGACGUAAGCUGAUACGACGGUGGGAAAAGGUUGGUGAGGGACUUGAUGGUGGUUCUGUGAAGUUGCUGGUGGAUGUUAUUGCUGCGGUCCGCACGAUGGUGAUGUCGCCGGCGUAUCUGGAGAUCUUUGAGAAGUACUGUGAGGCCUUAUUUAGAGAGCCAGAGCCAUUGAUCUUCUGAUCAUGCUACUCAGCAAGGGAAACACGGUCCUUCUAACGCCUUUCCAUCUACUCACAUUUUUUUUAUUAGUAUUUCGGUCACAAGACUUUUGUCGGAGGAUAUAUAAAUCAAAUAUUUAAUGCGUGAAGAACAUCUCGGAGGUACAUAUAGGUAUCGAUAUUAGUAGCUAGACAAAAGUCCUUUCACACUGCUUAGGGUUUGAAUGGCAUAUGGAUGUUUAAAGCCCUUAAAGUGACCAGACUCUAGCAACUUACAAUUGACCUACCAUGCGACGGCUAACAGUGGCGCUUGGUCUUUAUUUCAAACGCGUUG